UAUUUUUAGAUCUAAAUACGUUUUCAUUUUUGAUAGACGUAUGGUAGUGUUGGAAACGAAAUGUUUGUCAGUUUAUGGGCAUAGAAAAGUGAUUAUUUCCACCACUCAGAUUGAGAACCUGAAGUCCUACCAGGGAGAGCGGGAGAAAUUGGCUGGUGUGGACCAGUUUUAUCUCCAGCUCCUAGCUGUUCCAUGCUACGCCCUGAGGAUCGAGUGCAUGUUGCUGUGUGAGGAGAUCAGCUCAGUGUUACAGAUGAUGCAGCCUAAAGUUAAGCUGCUGGACGAGGCCUGUGAGAGUCUGAAAGUGAGCACUCGACUGCCAAGCUUCUGCAUGCUCAUUCUGGACGUUGGAAACUUCCUCAACUAUGGAAGCCACACGGGGAACGCUGAGGGCUUCAAGAUCAGCACACUGUUGAAACUCACUGAAACUAAGGCCAAUAAAAGUCGCAUCACGCUGCUCCACCACAUCCUAGAGGAGGCUGAGCAGAACCAUAAUGACCUGUUGAACCUUCCAGAUGAUCUAGAGAUCUGUGAGAAGGCUGCUCGUGUGAAUUUGGAGUCUAUCCAGUCAGAGGCAAGCUUGCUCAUCAAGCGGUUGAAAGAUUCAGAGAAGAAGGUGGCUUCCUCCUCUGUGGAGGCCAUCAAGGAGCAAUAUCUCACUGCCAUACAGGGAAGCCAGGAGGCCUGCAGGGAGCUGGAGGCGAGGUUUGCCUCCAUCGACAGGAAGAAGGAGGAUCUGGCACAGUAUCUGUGUGAGGACUCAUCCCGUCUCUCCCUGGAGGACUUGUUCAGCACUUUACAUUCCUUCAGGGGACUCUUCGUCAAAGCUCUCAAGGACAAUCAGACCCGCCGAGCGCAAGCAAUUAAGGCUGAGAAGAGGAAGAAACAGCAGGAAGAGGAGGAUUCCAAGAGACCAAGGGGGGAGAACAGGAAGAUAAUUCGUAAAGCCCCCCCGGUCCAGGAGGGCUGCAUCAUUGACCACCUGCUGUCUGACAUCAGGAAGGGCUAUGCCCUGAGGAAGACCAAGCACCAGGCCGACAGGACCAGCCUGCCUUCUGCGGACAAAGGGGACAGCAGUCAGCCUGGUGAACAGGGCACCAUGCUUAAGGGAACAUCUGCUAUAGAUGCCGAAGAGGAAGUUGAAAAGGUGACAUCACCCAUUGACCUAGAACAACAAGGCUUAGAUCCGGUUGUAGGGGAGUCCUCAUCCGGCCUCCUCACAGACCCCUCACUUCAGUCGAGUUCACCCAAAACAUCAGGCCCCUCAGACCUUCAUACCACCACCAAGGAUCACAUCCAGUGUGAAGACCUCAACCCUGCGAUCGAUUCCUCUACUGACCGCCAGCUCAAGGAGUCCCCAGAGGGGGAGGGGUUUAAGGCCGCUGAAUCCAAGGUUGAGAAUGUGAACAGGUAUGCGUUCUCAGCUGCUGGGGAUGCAAAGAGCAGAGAUGCAGAGACUGAUGGGAACAGGGAGAGUGGGGCUGAUGGAAAUGGGUUAGAGGAGACUCAAUCAUCAGAGUCCCCCUCAACCACAGCUGAUGUCGACGCAGAGUCCAAACAGGCACAGAAACGGGGGAGUAUUAAGAGACAUGGCAAAGCCAAGCGCAAAGGAAAAGACCACACUAAACUUAAAAAGGUGUGUGUGUUACAAUGAGGGAGGUUCUCCUCCUUUCAGGCUAUCAGAAACACCAUCCACUAAGCUUGCAUGGAUCUCACUAGAUCCUUGGUGAUUUAAGGGUCCUCUUUCACUGGUUUGCUGUCUAUUCUACAUCUUGGCCAUCCUGCAACUCCCUCCCUUUUCCUCAGUGACCUUUCUGAAGCUAUUUGCAGUUACUGUUCCUUCUUGAACUCUCUUCCAUGUAUGUGAUAUGGUUAGCCUGGCAGGCUUCCUGUUGGUGCUUUAUGGUUGACUUCCAGGGGCUUUUUGGUGGUUGUCUGUCAGCUAGUACUGGGUGGUUGGAGAUUCAUAGGCUUGCCAUCAUUGGAUCCCCCUAGUACAUGAGGUGCCCUUAUGAUGGGAGAUGUGAUACCCCUCGCGCCUGACGAAACGCAUACCGACUCACUGAACAUUGCGGGACCUCAGCCAAAUUCUGGACCUCAGCAGAACUCUGCCUGUUCUCCCUACCAACAACCAACACACACAGAGAUCAAAUCUGGGCCAGUGGUUUUUGUGGGUCAUGUCAGUGUUGUUGAUUCACUUGGUUUGAGUAACUUUUUGUGGAUUUUACAUUUUGUCAAAGAACAUUGCCUCUAAAUGUUGCAUUUGAUGUUAAGACCAACUUACUUACUACUGAUUUUUACCAGAUUGUUCUCCAUUUCUUUUAUGUUGAACAUAUCAAGAAAGUAGUUUGUUUGUGUGCUGUAAAUCUUUGUCACUGCCAAGGGAUGUUACAAUCACAAUGUCCCCUAAAGAUGACAUCACUUCAUGUUAGGUGUGGGGUCUCUGGAUCUCGUCUCUUCUAACAGCCAGUGUGCAGAGUGCACCGAGCAAGCGGCUAUGGCUCUGUCAAGUUUAAACGUUUUUGCCUCCUACACAGGAUACAAUGGGUGUAAAACAUUACUCUCAAUGCGCUUUUUAAAUAUACUUUCCUUGAUUGAUUGAGAUUUUAUUAGGAUCUCUUUUGGUCCUCAUUUGGACUAAUCUUCCAAGAGUCCUUAACAAACUUUAAAAUACAAUCACAUUUUCACAAAUAACAUGCUGUUACCAUAAUACAUUGAAAUAUAUGACAAACAAUAUAGUAAAUUAGAAAAAAUAACUAAUGACGGUCUGAAAAGAGGUUGGUUCAGUCAUCUACCAUAGUCGUGCACAACUUCACAAUCUAUUUUCAAGUGGUUCUAAAGUAUUUCUUGAAAUUAUUUCUUGAAAGAUUUCUGGUUUCUCAAUUUGUAUUUUUUUUAUUUUUGUCGCUUUGAAUCUAAAUGUUAUUUUGCUUAUUUCUCUGCUGGUGUAAGACAUGGAUGGUCGAUAUCCUAUUUGUAUUGACUGAAUGUCUCUCACACCAACUGAAUCCUGCAGUGAAUGGAUUUUGGCCAUAAUAAUAAAAAAAAAAGGGCGCUCACUUUAUUAUCUUGUCGAUUGCUGACCACUUAAAAACAUUGCAUGACUACAACAUAAUAAUCAUAUCACCGCCUUAGAAAAAUCCUUGCUGCUUUCUUCUGUGCAAUCUGAAGCCUUAUCUCACUUGUUGACACAUUUCCCCACAACACAGAAUGGUAGUUCACCUGACUUCCAAUUAAUGCUUGGGUUGUUUGCCUAAGAAUCUUUCCCAGUUUGAUACAUGGCUAUCCUUCUGACCAUGCACCCGGUCUUCAUUAUUUUAUCACAUAGAGGAGUUAUAUGAGCUGACCAAAAUUGAGAAUGGCGCUGGGAUGUAUAGCGGAGAGCUCUGAAUGCUGAUUGGCUGACAGACAUUUUUUUUUACAUUUUAGUCAUUUAGCAGACGCUCUUAUCCAGAGCGACUUACAGUAGUGAAUGCAUACAUUUCAUACUUUUUUUUAUAUAUAUAUAUUUUGUACUUGCCGAACCCACAACCCUGGCGUUGCACACACCAUGCUGGCGUUGCAAACACCAUGCUCUACCAACUGAGCCACAGGGAAGGCCCGGCCCACAGCCGAGGUAUAUCAGACCAUAUACCAGGGGUAUGACAAAACAUUUAUUUUUACUGCUCUAAUUACGUUGGUAACUUUUUUUUUUUUAUUAUUACAAAAAAUUAUAGCAAUAUGGCACCUCAGGGUUUGCGAUAUGGCCAAUAUACCACGGCUAAGGGCUGUGUACAGGCACUCCGCGUCGAGCAAAAGAACAGCCCUUAGCUGUGGUAUAUUGACCAUAUACCACACCACCUCUGGCAUUAUUGCUUAAAUAACUCAGUAUUGUUUACAGGUAACGUAGUACUAAUGUUGCUUAUUUAGAUUUUUUUUUCCAGGAGCUUUCUCAAUUGUCUUGUUUUUUCACUUCCCUCUUACUAUUAAAUAAUGACUGGUAACUACA